AUGGACUUCUGCUCUCCGGCGGGCUUCGCCAACGCAGUGUACCAGACACUGCGAACCUCUCCUGGGGGAGGGGCGCUUCACGCGCCCGUUUGCAGCACUUGGGUGUUCAUGUCGAGGGGAUCGACUCUCAGGUCGCCCACAAGGCCACUUGGCCGCGGCGACAGCCAGAAAGUGGCCGACGGCAAUCUGCACGUGGCUCGCUGCGCGGUGCUUUGCAUUCUCGCUGCUGCCAAGGGCAUCUUCUGGCUUCUGGAGCAGCCGUCGACUUCGAUCAUGGAGACCCACCCAUCCUUCCAGAAGAUGCUCAAGAUUCUACACGUGCGGAAGCUCAUCUUCGACAUGAAGGACUUCGGAGCAAACACCCAGAAGCGGACCAUACUGUACAGCAGCCACGAAGAGGUGGACGACCUCCUGCUGCACAAGCAUCCUCGCAAGCGGUGCCACUCAAAGGAGAUGGUUAUCCGCUACACGGACUCCAGUGGAAAAUCGCGUUGCAAAGGAGGACGGGAUCUCAAAAUGAGCCAGACCUAUCCUCGGGAGCGCCUUGCCUAA